AGUGCGCUCUCGGGGUGCCCCUGCCCUGCCCUGCCACACCCUCGGGCCCCCCCAGCACGAGGGAGGCGAGGGGCGGGGUGAGCCCGGCACCUGCACAAAAGGAGCCGGGGCCCAGGGGCUCAGAUCUGCCCCGAAGGCCAGCCGUGAGCGCGCAGGGUGGAGGUGCCGGGAGGCCGUGGCCCCCCACCCGUGUCCGCGCCCUCAGGAGCCAUGGCUGCCAGCCCCAUGCUGGGUCUUGCCGCUCUCCUGUGCCUCUCGGUGCCCCGGGCCAGCUGCCUGGUGCGGUUUCGACGGCCGGUAAGGGGCAGUUGCCGACGUGGGCCAGGGGCUCCCAGAGCUCCCGGCCCGCCUCUCAGCGGCCCCCUCUCCCCACAGGUGCAGGUGGCGCUUCUGGAACCCCAAGGGAGGGACUGCUCUCACAUCUGGGCCGGGAGCCCCGGCGCCCCCAGUGGAGUGUACACCGUGCAGCCGGCUGGAGCCGCCACCCCAUUCCAGGUCCUCUGUGACAUGCACCCGGACGGCGGCUGGACGGUGAUUCAGAGCCGCGACUGGGGCCGCGGGAGGCCCCUGGACUUUGAGAGGUGCUGGCAGGAGUACAAGCAGGGGUUCGGAGACUUGAGAGGUGACCACUGGCUGGGGCUGCAGCACAUCUCUGACCUGACGUCCCAGCCGGGCCUGCGCGCAGAGCUUAGGGUGGACCUCCUGGACGUGGACAACCGCACGCUACACGCCCACUACGACCACUUCCACGUGGAUGGGGAGGCCCAGUUUUACCGGCUGAGCCUGGGCCUGUACUCAGGGAACGCAGGUGAGCGCUUCGGAGGGGAGGGACCCGGCGGGCUCAGGAAGGGGCAGUCCUGCCGCAGGGCCAGGGCAGGCAGGGAAGGAUGGGUCCCCAGGCACCCCAGCUUUCCGGCCCACACCUGCCAGUCUCUGUGCUUGGGGAAACACUUGCUUCCAGAAGCGCCCGCCCUGGGGUCCCCGACGGCGAGGCAGCAGGUGUGGCGGGGGGGGCGGCUAGCCAGCACCCACGCCGCCACCACACGCAGGGGACGCGUUCCGGGGCUCAGGCCGCACGGACAACCAGGAGGGCUGCGGCUUCAGCACGCUAGACCGCGACCACGACCGCUGCUCGCCCUGCAAGGACGGCGCCCAGACCUUCGCCAGCUGCAGCCACGAUCGCUCAGGCUCCGGGUGGUGGUACAGCGACUGCGGCCACGCUGACCUCAACGGGCCAUGGCCAGAGCGUGAGGGGGCCAUGUCGGGCAUGCGCUGGGCGGCUGGCGACCAGCAGCCCACCUUAAGCUCCUCCGUGCUGCGCCUGCGCACGACUGCUCCCCGCGAGGCCUAGGCCCGCGCCCACGGGCACCUGAGCCUCAUUAAACAUACCAGCCUGGC